AUGAACUAUUUCUUCAUCGACUUUGGGCUCUCCGAACGCGUCCCAGACGGGGACUUGGAUCCUUGCCUGGACGUGUACCAGUUUGGAGGGGUCAUUGAGACAGUGUGCCAGACUUACGAAGGAUUGGAUAUGUUUGGACCGCUUGUAUCUGCGACGAGGACGCCCGACUUCAUGCAGUGGCCAACAGCUACAGAAGUGUACCAGAUCUUCGAGGAUCUACGCUCUCAGGAAGACUGGAACAAGCGUAUUUGGCACGAUUCCUUCUUGGUGCGAUCUGGACGUAUCCGCGGAUCCCCCAAGCACCGACGGCGCAACUUCCUGAGGUUCCACUGCACUGCUGUCCGACUCAUGGGCAGCUCUUCAUCGAAACCUGACCCAUUCCCUCCUAACCGUGGCUACAAACUGCGACCACGAUAUCACCCAGAUUGGAAGCCAUCCUGGACAGGUCCGUUGAAGUUCAACGUUCGUCCUCGCAACCAUGAAGAUUACUCUCACAUUAAAGAACUUGCUGCUAUCGAUGCCAUACGCCUCAGUGACAACACGAGGGUUGUCCUCAAAUAUGUUUCUACAGCCUCGGACGAAAUUCCCAUCUUCCGCUACCUGACAUCCGAGCCCUUGCGCUCAGAUACGAGAAAUAAGACUGUCCCCCUGUUCGACGUGGUAAUACUUCCCUGGACGGAUGAAAGCGCUCUGCUCGUGAUGCCUAUGUUGAUGCAGUUUGAUCGACUGCCGUUCCGUUUUCUGAGCGAAGUAUGCGAGGCCCUGGAGCAAUUUCUUCAGCACCCAAGGACUUGUAUUCAUGCACGAACACAAAAUCGCUCAUAG